UUUCCUUAUCGUGUCUUUGUUAGCGUAUUCGGUCAGUUUUGCGCAUAUUGUUGUCCAACCUUGUUUCGAAAAUAAAUUUAUUUUCAUCGUCUCCGCGACAUGUUUAAUCAUAUCGCUUCUAAAGCUGCUCACAAUGACGAUAUUUCAAGACCGUUAUCUGCGUGUGAUGUAAAUAAAUCGGGCAGGAUCUUUACAGUUGCUUGCACUGUUGCCUCAAAUGAAGUGCAGAAAUUAUUCGGCGAGUUCGAUCAAGAUGAAGACGGAUGCAUCGACUUCAGUGACUACUCCACGUGUUUUAACGAACUAUCAGAGAAGCUGGACUUGUCCUCCUUCGGAGAGACCCUGGUCCAAAGAAACUCUUGGGAAGAAUUUCUGGAUAGGAUGGAUGGCGAGAUUUCAUUUUUGGGAAAGUUGGAGGAGGUGACUGCCCAAGAGCUAACCGAGCUGGAGAAGCGUCUGCAGAAGCACCUUGCCCAUGUGGAGAAGAGAGUGAAAGAAGAGAUACAGCAACGGCGCAUGCUACACGCGGUGGUUGCUGCUAUGGAGCAGAAGCAUGACAGCGAGGUGGCAGAGCUUCAUGCCACCGUGGAAAGACUUCAAAAGAGCCAAGAAGCUUGCCACACAAAUUCCAGAGUGGAUGUCUGCCUUCUGAAAAGCCAAAUCCAAGAGAUGACACUAGAAAGUGAUGAGAUGAGGCGGUUGCUCCUCAGGGCUCAGGGGAAUAUCAGUGUCCUGCAGACGGAGGUGGAGAGGCUGAAUGGUGAAAGUGUGAAUAAGUGUGUGGAUGAGCAUAAUCUGGGCCUGGAGUGCGACAGGGAAACCGACGUGCAGACAGAGUGUCAGUCCUACUCCAGUCAAAUACAGGUCCUUCAAGAGAUGAAUAAGCAGCUGCACCACUGCAACGAUGGCCUCAGCUCUGCCCUGGUCCGCACCCGGUCAGGGAAAUGGAGGGUCAUUCCAAAAGAUAGGGAUCACCGUUGGAAACUGAAGCCUGUUCGACAGAGUACUCUGGAAAGCCAUCAUACAAACGAGGAGGAAAGCCUGCCCGUCGAGGGAUCGUCGUGCCUGGACAGCGGCUUGUCUCUGAGGGCAGACACGGAUGGCGUGGACAGCUCCAGCAGUGAGUUCGACAGCGAGGAUGACAGCCAGCUCUCUGCAAAGACCGCCCCCCACCGCUGCGUCUCCUCAGACGUUCUGGUGUCGGAUCUGAGGUCGGAGAGUGCGGUUUCCAUGGCCCCCAGUGCAUGCAGCUCCUUCUCGUCCACCCGCAGACGCCUCUCCGCCUUUUGCUGUCAGGAGGCCGAUGCAUUCGUGCCGGAGCCCGAAGAGGGUGUGCCCAUAUACAGGCUGGUUCUGGCCGGGGACUCGGGUUCGGGAAAGUCCAGUUUUCUUUUGCGGCUCAGCCUGAACGAUUUCCGGACAGACAUGCAGACCACGCUGGGAGUAGAUUUCCAUACAAAGACGAUGCUGGUUGAUGGAGACAGGACUGACCUGCAGAUCUGGGACACUGCAGGACAAGAGAGGUUUCGCAGUGUCACCAGGUCCUACUUCCGCAAAGCCCAGGGUGUGCUGCUGUUAUACGAUGUCACCUCUGAGAGGAGCUUCCUCAAUGUGCGAGACUGGAUGGACCAAAUACAGGAGUGUGCAGGGGAGCGUGUCCCCAUGUGUGUGAUCGGGAACAAGACAGACCUGCGGGAAGGGCUUCCAGAGGGCAGCUGUGUGACCCCUGCUCACGGAGAGAGGCUGGCCAUGAUGCACAAUGCCUUGUUCUGUGAGACCAGCGCUAAAGAGGGAACAAACAUUGUUGAAGCUGUCCUUCAUCUCGCCAGAGAGGUGAAAAAUAAUGAGAAGUUGAGGCAGAGCACUGAGCCACAGACCAGUCUGACCUUAGUGGAAGAGAAGAAUGAAAUGGGUCGUUGCUGUGGGAUGUAGGCUGAAGAUCUCAGAACAUUCUGGACACGGUUCCUCCAAAGAGUUUUUGUUUAUUGGGAUCAAGAAUGUCUUAAGUCCCACCACUCUCACUUCUAAGCCCUUUUGCAAUAACUAUGCGACAAUUUCUACUACCUCUUUGAGACUGUUUGACUUAUACGCCGAACACUCCUGAAGUUUAGGGCAAUGUAGCCGUUUCAGGAAAUGGCACAAGUUGGCAGAAAUAUUAAUUUCCUGAGGGGACUUUAUCUCAUUUUAAGCAUGUAUUAAUCUUUUUGCAACUUUUUUAACGGGAGGGA